AUGACUUUGCAGCUUUGCUGUGCCUGGAUUUUUAUCCUCCUCCUUCCUGGCCUCUCAGAUGGAGGGAAGCUCCUGGUGGUGCCCAUGGUAGGAAGCCACUGGCUUAGCAUGCAGCAAGUUGUUGAAAAGCUCGUCGAAAAAGGACACGAAGUGGUGGUGCUUGCACCAGAAGUUAGCUGGGAGAUGAAGAUGACGCAGGCGUACACGGUGAAAACAUAUCCAGUGUCUAACACAUUACAAGACCUGAAUGAUCCCUUUCAGGAGUAUGUUGCCGCUCACCUGAAGGACCUGCCUUUCCCGCUGAACGCUCUAUCACUAUACGACAGGUCAGUGCACGUUUUCCGUGUGUUCUAUGCUCAGUGCAAGGACCUGUUCAAAAGCAAGGAGACCCUGCAGUUCUUGAACCAGAGUGGCUUCGAUGCUGUCAUAACAGACCCCAUUUUUAUGUGCGGAGUGACAGUUGCUAAUUAUCUGUCUGUUCCAUUUGUGUUCUUCCUGAGAGGACUUCCUUGUGACUUACACUAUAAAGCAUCGCAGUGCCCAGACCCUCUGUCCUAUGCCCCGAGAACAUUUACCUUCAACUCGGACCGCAUGACUUUCUUCCAGAGAGUGGAAAAUGCACUAGUUUCCUUCCUAGAGCUUUGGUACUGUGAUAGUUACUACAGAGAUGCAGUAAAGUUUUCCUCCGAAGUUCUUCAGCGAGAUGUGUCCCUGCUGGACCUCCUGAACUCUGCUUCCCUUUGGCUUCUGAGAUUUGACUUUGUGUUUGAGUAUGCCAGACCAGUGAUGCCCAAUAUGGUCUUUGUUGGAGGUAUAAACUGUGUUGAGAAGAAACCACUGCCUCAG